AUGCCAUCAUACAUCGGUGCUAUCGACCAAGGAACGUCGUCUUCUCGUUUUUUAAUUUUUGAUGAGAAUGGAAAAAUUGUAGCACUUCAUCAAAUUGGAUUCCCUCAAUAUUAUCCUCAUCCUGGGUGGAUUGAACAUAAUCCUAAUGAACUUUUAGACUCUGUUUCAGAAUGUGUUGAUAAAUGCAUUACCAAAUUUUUAAAUGAUAAAACUUGUUCUAUUAAAGAUAUCAAAGCCAUUGGGAUCACUAAUCAACGUGAAACGUUUAUUGCAUGGGAUAAAAAUACUGGAAAACCUCUCCAUAACGCUAUUGUUUGGAGUGAUACUCGCACUCUUGAUUUGGUUCAUCAUUUGACUGAACAAAUUAAUCACGGUGCUGAUAUAUUUAAGAAAUCAUGUGGGUUACCAAUAUCCACAUAUUUUUCGGCUGUGAAAUUGUUGUGGAUGAUUAAUAAUGUUCCUGCUGUAAGAGAUGCUCACAAUAAUGAUACCCUUUUGGUUGGAACUGUUGAUACUUGGCUUAUUUGGAAUUUAACCGGUGGAAUCAAUGGCGGAUUACAUAUCACUGACGUUACAAACGCCUCUCGUACUAUGUUCAUGGACCUUAAUACUUUAGAAUGGAGUCAAACCAUUCUUGACUUUUUUAAUGUUAAGAAAAAUUGUCUUCCUAGGAUAUGCUCAUCUUCCGAAGUCUAUUGUCACAUUAAAAUAAGAGAUAGUGAAAUUCCAAUCGCUGGAAUUUUGGGUGAUCAACAAGCUGCUUUAGUAGGUCAAAAAUGCUUUAAAAGUGGUGAAGCUAAAAACACUUAUGGUACUGGUUGUUUUAUGUUAUUUAAUACCGGUACUACUCCUUUUUUUUCAAAAUCCGGUCUACUCACAACCGUUGGAUACAAAUUUGGAAAUAAUCCUCCUGUUUAUGCUCUAGAAGGCUCCAUAGCUGUCGCUGGUUCUGCUAUCCAAUGGCUUCGUAAUAAUUUAGGCAUUAUUAAAGAAUCUAAAGAUAUUAAUGACCUCGCUGCUUUAACCCCAGAUGUUGGUGGUGUAUAUUUUGUUACUGCUUUUUCUGGUCUUUACGCUCCUUAUUGGCAACAUAUUGCUCGUGCAACUCUUGAAGCCACUUGCUUCCAAACUCGUGCUAUUUUGGAAGCUAUGAAUAGUGAUUCUGAUUAUCCUUUAACUUACCUAAAGGUUGAUGGUGGUAUGACUGCUUCUGAUUUGUGCAUGCAAAUCCAAGCUGACAUUCUUGGAAUAGAUGUAGACCGUCCUGCAAUGAGGGAAACAACUGCAUUGGGUGCAGCUAUUGCUGCUGGUCUUGCUGUCGGCGUUUGGAAAUUAAGUGAUCUGGAUAAAGUUAAUAGCGAUGGUAAAGAUGUUUUUAAACCUCAAGUCUCUCGAGAAAAUGCUGCACAAAGAUAUCAACUUUGGCAAAAAGCUGUAGAGAGAAGUUUUGGGGCCUUAAACUCUGACCUAACAAUUGUAUUGGUAGUUGGAGCCGGGGUUUGUUCACGUUUAAGACAAGAUUUGUCCUCAGUAUCAUCGUCCUGGGUAAAUUGUUAUAAUGCUGGAAACUCUGUUUCAGAAUGUGUUGAUAAAUGCAUUACCAAAUUUUUAAAUGAUAAAACUUGUUCUAUUAAAGAUAUCAAAGCCAUUGGGAUCACUAAUCAACGUGAAACGUUUAUUGCAUGGGAUAAAAAUACUGGAAAACCUCUCCAUAACGCUAUUGUUUGGAGUGAUACUCGCACUCUUGAUUUGGUUCAUCAUUUGACUGAACAAAUUAAUCACGGUGCUGAUAUAUUUAAGAAAUCAUGUGGGUUACCAAUAUCCACAUAUUUUUCGGCUGUGAAAUUGUUGUGGAUGAUUAAUAAUGUUCCUGCUGUAAGAGAUGCUCACAAUAAUGAUACCCUUUUGGUUGGAACUGUUGAUACUUGGCUUAUUUGGAAUUUAACCGGUGGAAUCAAUGGCGGAUUACAUAUCACUGACGUUACAAACGCCUCUCGUACUAUGUUCAUGGACCUUAAUACUUUAGAAUGGAGUCAAACCAUUCUUGACUUUUUUAAUGUUAAGAAAAAUUGUCUUCCUAGGAUAUGCUCAUCUUCCGAAGUCUAUUGUCACAUUAAAAUAAGAGAUAGUGAAAUUCCAAUCGCUGGAAUUUUGGGUGAUCAACAAGCUGCUUUAGUAGGUCAAAAAUGCUUUAAAAGUGGUGAAGCUAAAAACACUUAUGGUACUGGUUGUUUUAUGUUAUUUAAUACCGGUACUACUCCUUUUUUUUCAAAAUCCGGUCUACUCACAACCGUUGGAUACAAAUUUGGAAAUAAUCCUCCUGUUUAUGCUCUAGAAGGCUCCAUAGCUGUCGCUGGUUCUGCUAUCCAAUGGCUUCGUAAUAAUUUAGGCAUUAUUAAAGAAUCUAAAGAUAUUAAUGACCUCGCUGCUUUAACCCCAGAUGUUGGUGGUGUAUAUUUUGUUACUGCUUUUUCUGGUCUUUACGCUCCUUAUUGGCAACAUAUUGCUCGUGCAACUCUUGAAGCCACUUGCUUCCAAACUCGUGCUAUUUUGGAAGCUAUGAAUAGUGAUUCUGAUUAUCCUUUAACUUACCUAAAGGUUGAUGGUGGUAUGACUGCUUCUGAUUUGUGCAUGCAAAUCCAAGCUGACAUUCUUGGAAUAGAUGUAGACCGUCCUGCAAUGAGGGAAACAACUGCAUUGGGUGCAGCUAUUGCUGCUGGUCUUGCUGUCGGCGUUUGGAAAUUAAGUGAUCUGGAUAAAGUUAAUAGCGAUGGUAAAGAUGUUUUUAAACCUCAAGUCUCUCGAGAAAAUGCUGCACAAAGAUAUCAACUUUGGCAAAAAGCUGUAGAGAGAAGUUUUGGUUGGGCAUAA